UUGUUUGUUUGUUUAUUUUUGGAGCGGGGUGUUGGUUUUUUUUGUAAAGUGGCCUAUUUGUAAUUUGUAAAGCAGACUUAGCAAUUUAAUAAUCAUAACCCCUAUUAGAUUUACGAUCAGUGAUAUGCAACACGCGGUUAAUAAUGAGCAGACUGGUUUGUUUACUAUAGCAGUUUGACACUUUUGUGUCUGAAAUACACACAGUACAAGCGCGACCACAGUUGACCCUGGGAAUACUUUCAAAGAACUGUUGCUCUGACCGUCCUAGUGAACGUACAAACUUUCUGGAAACAUGGAAGGUCGAAGUGAAAGCAUAUUUGGGCAGGAUUCGGCAACGAUGGGCGUGAGUUCAUUCAUCCGACAAGAAAACGCCAAAAAUAGCACAGGCUGGCGUCCUAGCUCCUGGAAAACUCCGCUCCAGACACAGAGCAAUGGCUGACGUCUACCCAGUAACGCAACAAGUCACCAGUUUGGGGCCGCGGACUGGUCAGGCAGCACCUGAUGUCUGCAUUGCAGGCGUAGAGGAUUGCUUGAUCUACAGUCGCCACGGGCUUGGUACAACGUUUAAGAGUUUAUUCCACGACAGCAAAGCCAUCGUUGUUUUUGUGAGGAAUUUCUUGUGUUACACUUGUAAAGAAUAUGUUGAAGACCUGAGCAAAAUACCACAGGAAUUAUUACUGGAUGCUGGUGUCAGAUUGAUCGUCAUUGGACAGUCCUCCUAUUCCCAUAUAGAGCCAUUCUGCACACUAACAAACUAUCAACAUGAAAUAUAUGUUGAUCCAGAAAGACAAAUUUACAAGAAACUUGGAAUGACAAGAGGCGAGACAUUCAUGGAAACAGCAGCCUCCAGGAGUCCCCAUGUGAAAUCCACUGUGCUUGGUGGGAGUGUGAGGAGCAUGUGGCGCGCCAUGACCAGCCCAGCCUUUGACUUCCAAGGAGACCCUCUCCAGCAAGGGGGCGCUUUUAUAAUUGGCCCAGGACCUAAUGUUCAUUUUGCACAUUUCGACAUGAAUCGAUUUGACCAUGCGCCCAUCAGUUGGCUGCUUCAGCUUGCUGGUAUGCAAGCAGUAGAUUUAAGGAAUCCCAAGAUUAUUGACAUCUGAGAAAAAGGAGGGGAA